AUGGAUCGGGUCUCCACGGACGUGUUGGUGCAGAUCCUGCAGCGUCUCCCGCAUAGCUGCCGGCGCCGUGGUCGCUAUGUCUGCCGGCGCUGGCGCGACGUGGUCAACAAUCGCAUCACGGAGACGCAUAGCAGCCCAAAGCUCCUCAUCUGGAGCAACAGACUCGCCGUGGCCUACGUGGCCGACGACCUGUCGCCGUCGUCGACGGGCAGCUGCACCGAGCUGCGGUGGAUCGCCGAGCCUGGGGCCCACCAUCGUCUGAUCGGCACCUGCAACGGGCUGCUCUGCCUGUGCGUCGGCGGGAGGGUCAUGGGCGGCACCGUCACCGUGGCCAACCCGGCCACCGGCGAGAAGCUGCACCUCCCGCUGCUGCCGUGCGCCGGCCAGUUCAUCGGGUACCUCCGGUGGAAGGAGUGGCACGAUGCUGACGCGUACAGCUUCGCCUAUCACCCAACCACGGGACAGUUCAAGGUCGUGCACGUCCCGUGCAGCUACGAACAAGUGUACGACUUCCGCACCGUCCACGUGUUUACACUGGGGAGGACCACGUGGCGGGAGGUGUCGGUUGGGACCGGUGGUGCGAUGUGCAAACUCGCCGGUGGUGUCGUCACCGUCCAUGGCAUGAGCAUGAUAUAUUGGGUUACGAUCACAAGGGGCGCCUCGGCGAAGAUCGUGUCGUUCGACCUCACGGAUGACCGAAUCGUCUCCACGACCACGCCGGUGCCGGCCCGGCAUGACCGCUGCCGCCUGGCGGAGGUGCACGAGAGGCUAGGCUACGUGGUGUGGCCUGACGUGUGGGUCCUCGGGGAUGGGAAUCGAUGGAGCCACCGGUACAACUUCGAGCAAGGCAUCCCACGGAGGCACUUCGUGUAUGGUGAGUACGUCUUGACGUGCAAAGGGUUGUCCUUCCAUGCACACCGCCCCAACGGAACACCGGCAUCCGGCCAGGACAUGGUUCAGAUCGGCGAGCACGAUGAAGGGACGUUGGUCGCGACCAUGGUCGCUGCGCCCGAAAUAUACUACGGCGCCGAAAUAUACUACGUCGACAGUGACAAUUAUGUGACGUUCCCUUACGUGGAGACACUGGAGCCGCUUAGUCUUUACGCCAAAAAAAUGAUUUAG